AUGAUGGGGGAGUUGGAGAUUUCCAUCAUGGCGGCUUCCAUUUCGGGCUACACCUUCAGCGCUGUGUGUUUCCACAGCGCCAACAGCAACGCGGACCACGAAGGAUUUUUGCUCGGCGAGGUGAGACAAGAGGAGACCUUUAGCAUCAGUGACUCACAAAUCAGCAACACAGAAUUUCUGCAGGUAAUUGAAAUCCAUAACCAUCAGCCUUGUUCAAAACUUUUUAGUUUUUAUGACUAUGCCAGCAGAGUGGAUGAAGAGAGUCUGGACAGGGUUCUUAAAGAUGGCCGAAAGAAAGUUAUCGGGUGGUACCGAUUCCGACGAAAUACGCAGCAGCAGAUGUCCUACCGAGAGCAGGUUAUCCACAAACAGCUCACGCGGAUCCUGGGCGUGCCGGACCUGGUCUUCCUCCUCUUAAGCUUCAUUUCCACCGCCAAUAAUUCCACUCACGCUUUAGAAUAUGUUCUCUUCAGACCAAAUCGAAGGUAUAAUCAAAGGAUAUCACUUGCUAUUCCCAAUCUAGGCAACACUAGCCAGCAGGAGUACAAAGUGUCUUCAGUGCCAAAUACUUCUCAGAGCUAUGCCAAAGUUAUUAAGGAACACGGUACUGAUUUUUUUGACAAGGACGGAGUCAUGAAAGACAUCAGGGCGAUUUAUCAGGUUUACAAUGCACUUCAAGAAAAAGUGCAGGCAGUGUGUGCAGAUGUAGAAAAGAGUGAGCGGGUUGUGGAAUCUUGUCAAGCAGAAGUGAACAAAUUAAAAAGACAAAUCAUUCAGAGGAAAAAUGAAAAGGAACGGGAAAGAAGGAUGCAGCAGGCAAUGCUGACUAGACAGGUGCCGUCAGAAAGCCUGGAACCAGGGUUCGGUCCUCAGAUGCCCUAUUCUGGGUUUGCAGCCGAAGGUAGACGUGCACUUGGUGAUGCCGAGGCCUCCGACCCUCCUCCCCCUUACUCUGAUUUUCACCCCAACAAUCAGGAAAGUACUGUGAGCCACGCGCGCAUGGAGAGUGGUAUCUUUAUGCCCCGACCUCAAGCCGUGGGCUCUUCCAGUUACGCUUCUGCCAGCUCUGGACUGAAGUGCCCUGCAAGCGGAGCAGACCUUCCUCCUUCCCAAAGAGCAGCUGGAGACAGUGGGGAGGAGUCUGAUGACAGCGACUAUGAGAAUUUGCUUGACCCCACAGAGCCCUCCACCAGGGAAUCCUCGCGUUCAGGGGAGUCGAGACCCACAGCACACCCUGAUGGGGGCUCCAGGAACACUCAGACCUCCCAGAUCUAACUGAACACAAGGACUCGCCACCGAGCACUGGUUUCCUUACUGCUGACCGAGAGAGUGUUUUGACGACGUCAUCCGAGGGAACCGCUUUCUCAAAUCCCUGGCUCCCAAGAGGAGAGAGUCCUUGUGCCCAGAACUUGCUGGAGACUGGCAUCCGCUGGUCCUCACUUCUGAUGCAGUGUGCAGGUUUCAUAGCAGAAUCCUUCAGAUAAUCACCGUGUACUGAUUCUGGUGUGAUACGUGGGUGUGCUGGUAAAUUUGGCAAAGUGGGACCUGUCAAUGUAGUUUCUGUUCUUUACAGUAAAUUGGAAAUUAGAGACUAAGCACAAUUAGUCUAUAAAUGUCCUAUAAAUCAAAACCUUACCUCUUGCACUAUCAUGCCUUGAAAUUUACUUUUUC